CCGGCCGUCUCGACCCGCGCCCCACCUGCGGCGGCUCUGGCUGGACGGGCGUCGACGACCCGCCGUCGUCCUUCUUCGCGCCCGUCUCGUACAAGGGUGCCUUUGGCGCCGGCAAUCUGUGGCUUAAGGACUGGUCGUACCUCGCCGAGCAGGACCGCCUCGAGACUUCGAGUACCUCUGCGGCGACCUCAGCUCGGACACGUCCCUCGUCGCGUCGACGACGUACAUCAUGUCGUGCCAGGUCUUCGUCCUGGACGGCGUCACGCUCACCAUCGAGCGGGGCACCACGAUCUACGCCAUGCCGGUCGGCAGCCCCGCCUCCGAGGCGCCCGCGCUCGUCGUCGAGCAGGGCGGCAGGCUGAUGGCCGAGGGCACGGCGGCCGACCCGAUCACCUUCACCGCCUUCAACCCGGAGGAGACGGACGACUCGACGGUCGUGACGGACACCGGCGCCAGCGUGGUGGACACCGUGCUGGAGACCCGCGGCAAGUGGGGCGGCCUCAUCCUGCUCGGCCGCGCGCCCACCUCUGCCGGCAGCUACGCCUCCAACUUCAUCGAGGGCAUCUCGGGCAGGCCGUACGGCGGGUCCGACCCGGCCGACAGCUCGGGCUCGCUCAAGUACGUGCGCGUGUGGCACGGCGGCGCCGCCAUCGGCGCCGACAAUGAGAUCAACGGCAUCACCUUUGGCGGCGUCGGCUCGGGCACGACCGUCGAGCACUGUGAGGUCGCCUUCAACCUGGACGACGGCUUCGAGUUCUUCGGCGGCACCGUCAACGUCAAGUGGCUCUCGGUCCUCUUCGUGGGCGAUGACGCCUUCGACUCGGACGAGGGGUACCAGGGCAAGGGCCAGUUCCUCUUCGCCAUGACCGGCGAGGACGGCAACCACGGCACCGAGAUGGACUCCAAGACGGGCGGCAACCUCAACUCGCAGCCCCGCUCGCACCCCGCCUUCUACUCGAUGACCAUCCUCGGCGGCGGAUCGGCCGCCUCGGGCGCCAACGCGGACGGCCUCAUGCGCCUCCGCGAGGGCACGGGCGGCAGCUUCGGCAACGUCGUCCUCGCGUACGGAUCGGGCAUCGGCGUCAGGAACGACGACUGCGGCAGCGAGAGCCGCGGCAUCACGCUGCUGCCCGAGCAGUUCCCCGACUUCCUCUUCUUCUCCCCAAACAACGUCAUCUACGGCGCCAGCACGCCCUUCAGCUACGGCUCGGGCGCGAAGACCUGCUCGAGCGCCGGCUUCGCCGCCCGCCUCGCCGACCCGGGCUUCGCGGGCGUCUCGGCCGCCUGCCUCGACUACACCUGCCUCGGCAGCUCCUUCAGCCCUCUGCCCACGGCAGGCUCGGAGAUGUGCAGUGGGGCAAUCGACUCGUCCACCGACCCCUUCUACGAGGGCGUCGCGUGCAAGGGCGCCUUCGCGAGCCCGUCGGACAACUGGCUGAGCGAGUACUCGUGGCUCGCCUGCGCUGGCAAGAUGGCCGGCUCCACCUGCGCCGGCAUCGCCCCCUCCCCCUUCGCGCAGCUGCAAGCUGACGGGCAGACCAUCGCGCGCCUCGGCGGCGACGUCGACAGCGCGACCACCCUCUCGGCCGACACGUCGUACCUCCUCACGUCGCAGCUCUUCAUCUCGGCCUCGCUCACCAUCCCGCCCGGCACCACGAUCUACGCGAUGCCGACCGGCCAGGCUCCAGGCGAUGUCGCCCCGGCCAUCGUCGUCGAGCAGGGCGGCAGGCUGAUUGCCGAGGGCACGGCGGUCCGGCCGAUCACCAUGACCACCGUCCUCUCGGAGGCGGCGCUUGCCUCCUCGGAGCAGGCCCAGACAGACACCGCCAACCCCGGCCUCACCAACCUCGGCGAGCGCGGCAAGUGGGGCGGCCUCGUCCUGCUCGGCCGCGCGCCCACCUCCGCCGGCAGCUACGCCUCCAACUUCAUCGAGGGCAUCUCGGGCAAGCCGUACGGCGGGUCCGACCCGGGCGACAGCUCGGGCUCGCUCAAGUACGUGCGCGUGUGGCACGGCGGCGCCAUCAUCGGCGCCGACAAUGAGAUCAACGGCAUCACCUUUGGCGGCGUCGGCUCGGGCACGACCGUCGAGCACUGCGAGGUCGCCCUCAACCUGGACGACGGCUUCGAGUUCUUCGGCGGCACCGUCAACGUCAAGUGGCUCUCAGCGCUGUUUGUGGGCGACGACGCGUUCGACGUCGACGAGGGCUACCAGGGCAGCGGCCAGUUCCUCUUCGCCAUGGUCGGCGUCGACGGCAACCACGGCACCGAGAUCGACUCGAAGACGGGCGGCAACCUCAACUCGCAGCCCCGCUCGCACCCCGCCUUCUACUCGAUGACCAUCAUCGGCGGCGGCACCCGCUCCGCACGAGACUCGAACGCCAUCAUGCGCCUCCGCGAGGGCACGGGCGGCAAGUUCGGGAACGUCAUUCUGGCCAACGCGGGCGGGCAGCACACGGGCGUCGAGGUCCGCGACUGCGGCUCGGAGACGCGCACCCAGGACCUCCCCGCGCCGUCCGUCUCGAUCGGCCAGGUCGGCACCCCAGACUCGGGCUACCUCUUCUUCUCCAAGAACAACGUCGUGGCCGGCGCCAACCCGCCCUUCUCCUUCGACAGGGGCUGCCCCGACGAGGGGUGGCAGGCAGUGUACGCCGACCCGGGCAUCUACGGCUGCUUCUACGAGGACGGCUGCGGCGGCGGCGGCUCCGGCCGUCUCGACCCGCGCCCCACCUGCGGCGGCUCUGGCUGGACGGGCGUCGACGACCCGCCGCCGUCCUUCUUCGCGCCCGUCUCGUACAAGGGUGCCUUUGGCGCCGGCAACCUGUGGCUCGAGGACUGGUCGUACCUCGCCGAGCAGGACCGCCUCGCGACGAGCGCUCGGGCCGCUUCGAGUACCUCUGCGGCGACCUCAGCUCGGACACGUCCCUCGUCGCGUCGACGACGUACAUCAUGUCGUGCCAGGUCUUCGUCCUGGACGGCGUCACGCUCACCAUCGAGCGGGGCACCACGAUCUACGCCAUGCCGGUCGGCAGCCCCGCCUCCGAGGCGCCCGCGCUCGUCGUCGAGCAGGGCGGCAGGCUGAUGGCCGAGGGCACGGCGGCCGACCCGAUCACCUUCACCGCCUUCAACCCGGAGGAGACGGACGACUCGACGGUCGUGACGGACACCGGCGCCAGCGUGGUGGACACCGUGCUGGAGACCCGCGGCAAGUGGGGCGGCCUCAUCCUGCUCGGCCGCGCGCCCACCUCUGCCGGCAGCUACGCCUCCAACUUCAUCGAGGGCAUCUCGGGCAGGCCGUACGGCGGGUCCGACCCGGCCGACAGCUCGGGCUCGCUCAAGUACGUGCGCGUGUGGCACGGCGGCGCCGCCAUCGGCGCCGACAAUGAGAUCAACGGCAUCACCUUUGGCGGCGUCGGCUCGGGCACGACCGUCGAGCACUGCGAGGUCGCCUUCAACCUGGACGACGGCUUCGAGUUCUUCGGCGGCACCGUCAACGUCAAGUGGCUCUCGGUCCUCUUCGUGGGCGAUGACGCCUUCGACUCGGACGAGGGGUACCAGGGCAAGGGCCAGUUCCUCUUCGCCAUGACCGGCGAGGACGGCAACCACGGCACCGAGAUGGACUCCAAGACGGGCGGCAACCUCAACUCGCAGCCCCGCUCGCACCCCGCCUUCUACUCGAUGACCAUCCUCGGCGGCGGAUCGGCCGCCUCGGGCGCCAACGCGGACGGCCUCAUGCGCCUCCGCGAGGGCACGGGCGGCAGCUUCGGCAACGUCGUCCUCGCGUACGGAUCGGGCAUCGGCGUCAGGAACGACGACUGCGGCAGCGAGAGCCGCGGCAUCACGCUGCUGCCCGAGCAGUUCCCCGACUUCCUCUUCUUCUCGCCAAACAACGUCAUCUACGGCGCCAGCACGCCCUUCAGCUACGGCUCGGGCGCGAAGACCUGCUCGAGCGCCGGCUUCGCCGCCCGUCUCGCCGACCCGGGCUUCGCGGGCGUCUCGGCCGCCUGCCUCGACUACACCUGCCUCGGCAGCUCCUUCAGCCCUCUGCCCACGGCAGGCUCGGAGAUGUGCAGUGGGGCAAUCGACUCGUCCACCGACCCCUUCUACGAGGGCGUCGCGUGCAAGGGCGCCUUCGCGAGCCCGUCGGACAACUGGCUGAGCGAGUACUCGUGGCUCGCCUGCGCUGGCAAGAUGGCCGGCUCCACCUGCGCCGGCAUCGCCCCCUCCCCCUUCGCGCAGCUGCAAGCUGACGGGCAGACCAUCGCGCGCCUCGGCGGCGACGUCGACAGCGCGACCACCCUCUCGGCCGACACGUCGUACCUCCUCACGUCGCAGCUCUUCAUCUCGGCCUCGCUCACCAUCCCGCCCGGCACCACGAUCUACGCGAUGCCGACCGGCCAGGCUCCAGGCGAUGUCGCCCCGGCCAUCGUCGUCGAGCAGGGCGGCAGGCUGAUUGCCGAGGGCACGGCGGUCCGGCCGAUCACCAUGACCACCAUCCUCUCGGAGGCGGCGCUUGCCUCCUCGGAGCAGGCCCAGACAGACACCGCCAACCCCGGCCUCACCAACCUCGGCGAGCGCGGCAAGUGGGGCGGCCUCGUCCUGCUCGGCCGCGCGCCCACCUCCGCCGGCAGCUACGCCUCCAACUUCAUCGAGGGCAUCUCGGGCAGGCCGUACGGCGGGUCCGACCCGGGCGACAGCUCGGGCUCGCUCAAGUACGUGCGCGUGUGGCACGGCGGCGCCAUCAUCGGCGCCGACAACGAGAUCAACGGCAUCACCUUUGGCGGCGUCGGCUCGGGCACGACCGUCGAGCACUGCGAGGUCGCCCUCAACCUGGACGACGGCUUCGAGUUCUUCGGCGGCACCGUCAACGUCAAGUGGCUCUCGGCCCUGUUUGUGGGCGACGACGCGUUCGACGUCGACGAGGGCUACCAGGGCAGCGGCCAGUUCCUCUUCGCCAUGGUCGGCGUCGACGGCAACCACGGCACCGAGAUCGACUCGAAGACGGGCGGCAACCUCGACUCGCAGCCCCGCUCGCACCCCGCCUUCUACUCGAUGACCAUCAUCGGCGGCGGCACCCGCUCCGCACGAGACUCGAACGCCAUCAUGCGCCUCCGCGAGGGCACGGGGCGGCAAGUUCGGGAACGUCAUUCUGGCCAACGCGGGCGGGCAGCACACGGGCGUCGAGGUCCGCGACUGCGGCUCGGAGACGCGCAUCCAGGACCUCCCCGCGCCGUCCGUCUCGAUCGGCCAGGUCGGCACCCCAGACUCGGGCUACCUCUUCUUCUCCAAGAACAACGUCGUGGCCGGCGCCAACCCGCCCUUCGCCUUCGACAAGGGCUGCCCCGACGAGGGGUGGCAGGCAGUGUACGCCGACCCGGGCAUCUACGGCUGCUUCUACGAGGACGGCUGCGGCGGCUCCGGGCUGCUCGACCCGCGCCCCACCUGCGGCGGCUCUGGCUGGACGGGCGUCGACGACUCGCCGUCGUCCUUCUUCGCGCCCGUCUCGUACAAGGGUGCCUUUGGCGCCGGCAACCUGUGGCUCAAGGACUGGUCGUACCUCGCCGAGCAGGACCGCCUCGCCAACACCUUCUUCUACUGCGAAGUGCCCGAGAAGGAGACGGUGACGGUAGUCGAGAUUGAGGAGACGGAGAAGCUUCCGGUUUGGGCCAUUGCGAUCAUCGCCGUCGUGGCAGUCCUCUUCACUGUCACCUUCGCCUUCAUUUGCGUGCUCUACCGGCGCGAGAAGCUCGGCAAGCCCAUCUUCGUUGCUACCGACCUGGGCGACCCGUACAAGGGCACGGGCGGCCCGAGCGGCAUAGGGGCCGACAGAGUCUGACUCGACCGCUGAAGAGCACGGUGAGCCUGUGGCGAGCCGACGAGGGUGCGAGCGCGACACUAGUGCGCUCCCUGUCCAUGGCGACCGCGACCGCGUGCGCGUAGGGACUGUGUUGCUUCCCCGCCAUCACGAGACUACCGCAAGCGAGCGCGAACAGGGACCGUUUGGUUUGGGAAGGUGUUUGUGGCCGGCGCCCGGCAGUUAGCGGCUUGUUCGCCAACCCUGCCGGUUAGGCUGGCAUGCAUGCAUGGGUAGAUGUGUGUCGGUGUGCCGCGCUUUAAGGUCUUGGAGCGAGCCUUGUAACAU